AUGGACACACCAAACCCACAAAGGGUACACUAUACCCACAAAGGACACACCACACCCACAAAGGACACACCAAACCCACAAAGGACAUACCAAACCCACAAUGGACACACUAAACCCACAAAGGACACAUCCCACCGACACAGGACACACCAAACCCACAAAGGACACAUCCCACCGACACAGGACACACCAAACCCACAAAGGGUACACCAUACUCACAAAGGACACACCAAACCCACAAUGGACACACUAAACCCACAAAGGACACAUCCCACCGACACAGGACACACCAAACCCACAAAGGACACACCAAACCCACAAAGGGUACACCAAACCCACAAAGGACACAUCCCACCGACACAGGACACACCAAACCACAAAGGGCACACCAAACCCACAAUGGGACACACCAAACCCCACAAAGGACACACCAAACCCACAAAGGACACAUCCCACCGACACAGGACACACCAAACCCACAAAGGACACACCAAACCCACACAGGACACACCAAACCCACAAAGGACACAUCAAACCCACAAAGGACACAUCCCACCGACACAGGACACACCAAACCCACAAUGGACACAUCCCACCGACACUAGACACACCAAACCCACAAAAGACACAUCCCACCGACACAGGACACACCAAACCCACAAAGGACACACCAAACCCACAAAGGACACACCAACCCCACAAAGGACACAUCCCACCGACACAGGACACACCAAACCCACAAAGGACACAUCCCACCGACACAGGACACACCAAACCCACAAUGGUCACACCAAACCCACAAAGGGCACACCAAACCCACAAAAGGCACACCAAACUCACAAAGGACACACCAUACCCACAAAGGACACACCACACCGACACAGGACACACCAAACCAACAAAGGACACACCAAACUCACAAAGGACACACCAAACCCACAAUGGACACAUCCCACCGACACAGGACACACCAAACCAACAAAGGACACACCAAACCCACAAUGGACACAUCCCACCGACACAGGACACACCAAACCAACAAAGGACACACCAAACCCACACAGGACACACCCAACCCACAAAGGACACAUCAAACCCACAAAGGACACAUCCCACCGACACAGGACACACCAAACCCACAAAGGACACACCAAACCCACAAAGGGCAAACCAAACCCACAAAGGGCACACCAAACCCACAAAGGAUACAACAACCCCACAAUGGACACACCAAACCCACAAUGGACACACAAAAAACCCACAAAGGACACAACAAACCCACAAAGGACACACCAAACCCACAAAGGACACACCAAACCCACAAUGGACACACCAAACCCACAAAGGACACAUCAAACCCACAAAGGGCACACCAAACCCACCAAGGGCACACCAAACCGACACAGGAUACACCAAACCCACAAAGGGCACACCAAACCGACACAGGACACACCAAACCCACAAAGGGCACACCAAACCGACACAGGACACACCAAACCCACAAUGGACAUACCAAACCCACAAAGGACACACCAAACCCACAAAGGGCACACCAAACCGACACAGGACACACCAAACCCACAAAGGACACAAUGGACACACAAAAAACCCACAAAGGACACAACAAACCCACAAUGGACACACAAAAAACCCACAAAGGACACACCAAACCUACAAAGGACACAUCAAACCCACAAAGGACACAUCCCACCGACACAGGACACACCAAACCCACAAAGGACACACCAUACCUACAAAGGACACACCAAACCCACAAUGGACACACCAAACCCACAAAGGGCACACCAAACCCACAAAGGACACACCAAACUCACAAAGGACACAUCAUACCCACAAAGGACACACCACACCGACACAGGACACACCAAACCAACAAAGGACACACCAAACCCACAAAGGACACACCAAACCCACAAAGGACACACCAAACCCACAAUGGACACAUCCCACCGACACAGGACACACCAAACCAACAAAGGACACACCAAACCCACACAGGACACACCAAACCCACAAAGAACACAUCAAACCCACAAAGGACACAUCCCAACGACACAGGACACACCAAACCCACAAAGGACACACCAAACCCACAAAGGGCACACCAAACCCACAAAGGGCACACCAAACCCACAAAGGAUACACCAAACCCACAAUGGACACACCAAACCCACAAUGGACACACAAAAACCCCACAAAGGACACAACAAACCCACAAUGGACACAGCAAACCCACAAAGGACACAUCAAACCCACAAAGGGCACACCAAACCCACCAAGGGCACACCAAACCGACACAGGACACACCAAACCCACAAAGGGCACACCAAACCGACACAGGACACACCAAACCCACAAAGGGCACACCAAACCGACACAGGACACACCAAACCCACAAUGGACACACCAAACCCACAAAGGACACACCAAACCCACAAAGGGCACACCAAACCGACACAGGACACACCAAACCCACAAAGGACACAAUGGACACACAAAAAACCCACAAAGGACACAACAAACCCACAAUGGACACACAAAAAACCCACAAAGGACACACCAAACCUACAAAGGACACAUCAAACCCACAAAGGACACAUCCCACCGACACAGGACACACCAAACCCACAAAGGACACACAAUACCUACAAAGGACACACCAAACCCACGAAUGGACACACCAAACCCACAAUGGACACAUCCCACCGACACAGGACACACCAAACCCACAAAGGACACACCAAAUCCACAAAGGACACACCAAACCCACAAAGGACACACCAUACCUACAAAGGACACACCAAACCCACAAUGGACACACCAAACCCACAAUGGACACACCAAACCCACAAAGGACUCAUCAAACCCACAAAGGACACACCAAACCGACACAGUACACACUAA